AUGAAGAACUUCCCUGUCUUCAACGUUCUGUUAUGCCCAUUUUAUAUCCCAUAUCCAUACCUAUCAGCCAAAGCCAAAGACGGUAAUUCGUCGUUUACCAGACAGCCCACGGAAUCCUAUGGCCGAGACCUAGCAUUUUUUCAUCUCCAGCUAACGAUGAUCAUGGAGAGUGGCUCAAGUAGUGAGUUAGCGGAUGGAGAAAUAUGGAGAAGCGCAGUGUUUAUCCUUGCCACAAAAGUCAAGAAAGCGUAUUCGGCUUCUCGUAUUCCAGCCGCUAGUCGACUUCUCAUCCACUUUUUAUAUUUAGCCCUGGCUAAUGAGCCUUUCUUAAUUCUGACCAAAGAUGGCUUCUCCAAGGCUGCUGAGCGAGAAGGUGGCUGCAAUAACGGGGGGAUUGACAGGCAUAGGACGUCUGUCAACCAUCUCGGGCUGGACCAUGAGCAGGAAUUGAUCUCAACGCUGAAGCAAGAGGUUGCAGAUAUCCUUGCUUCUGAAAGCAAGAAGAUUUCAUCUAGUCGAAGGCUCAUCACUGUCGCCGGAGACGUUUCGUUGCCAGAGACAGGGACUGAUUUCAUCAGAGAGACAGUAUCGGCCUUCGGUCGACUGGAUAUUUUCGUCAGCAAUGCUGGAAUAUGCGAGUUUAAAGAAUUCUUAGAGAUAUCGCCUACACUGUUUGACAGAACUACAUCUGUCAACCUAAGUGGUGCAUUCUACGUCACUCAAGCAGCUGCUCGGCAAAUGGCACUAUCCCAAUCUCCUCCAGGAGGGUCGAUAAUUGGAGUUUCAUCCAUAUCUGCCCUUGUUGGUGGUGGCCUUCAAGCCCACUAUACCCCUACCAAGGCUGGUAUCUUGUCAUUAAUGCAAUCCUCUGCCGUAGCUCUGGGGAAAUUUGGAGUCAGAUGCAAUGCCUUACUGCCCGGAACAAUACGGACGGGACUCAACGAGGAGGACUUGAAGGAUGACAAGAAAAGAACGUACAUGGAGGAUAGAGUGCCUCUUGGCCGUCUAGGUGAACCCAAGGAUUUAGCUGGUCCUGCUGUGUUCCUAGCCUGUGAUGAACUGAGCGGUUAUGUGCUUCUAGUUGACGGAGGGAUGUUUGUGAAUCUUCAAUAA